GAAGCCGCCAAAUUCAAAAUUAUUGUCAUUUCUGUCUUCGAAAAAUCGAUAGCUGUAACGAAGGUCACCCUUUUGACCUUUUUUAUUAUUCUUUUUCAAUGUUCUACAUUAAAAUAUUAUUUUGGAAUAACUAAAGCAAGCCCUGUUCGUUUCCGAACAUUAGUGGCUGUUUGCCAAGUUUCAGUGUGUAAGCUUCAAUCGAAAUUUAUGAACUGUACGAGGAGAGUGUGGUAUAUUUCCAGAGUUACAUUGCGGAAUUAUUUUAAAAAUAUCAGGAAUAUGAAAUACGUAACACUUUCGCAAACGGAGGAUGUAAUGCCGACAUUAGGCUUAGGAACAUGGCAGGCGGCACCAGAAGUUAUAGAAUCGACUGUGUAUAAGGCUUUAGAUUUAGGUUACAGACAUAUAGACACGGCAUUUAAUUACAACAAUGAAGAAGCAAUUGGAAAUGCUAUUAAGAAAUGGAUUGCCGAUGGGAAAGGAACCCGCAAAGAUUUAUUUAUCACUACUAAGCUUCCCCACGUCGGCAACCGUGCUUCUGACGUGCUGAAGUUUCUGGACCUCCAGUUGUCCCGGCUACAGAUGUCAUAUGUGGACUUGUAUCUGAUCCACGUGCCUUUUGCGUUCCAAUGCGAUCCGGAAACACUCACGCCGGUGGUCAACAAGGACACCGGCGAUUAUGAAUUAGAUUUAGAAACGAAUCAUAUCACAACAUGGAAAAAAAUGGAAGAGUGCCAGAAGAAGGGGCUGACGCGUAAUUUGGGCUUAUCCAAUUUUAACGAGAGUCAAAUGACGAAAAUCAUAAAGGCAGCGACACUCAAGCCACAGGUGCUGCAGGUCGAGCUGCAUGCUUACUUUCAACAAUUGGAGCUGCGAAAGUUUUGCGCUGAAAAUGACAUUGUGGUGACUGCGUACGCGCCGCUCGGCAGUCCCGGCGCGAAGACGCAUUUUGUUACGAAGUAUAAUUACAGCCCAGAUGCCUUUCCCGACUUGUUAUGUUUAAAGGAAGUACAAGAUAUUGCUGAUAAAUAUGGGAAGACGACAGCUCAGGUGCUACUACAUUUCUUGGUGCAGCAAAAAGUUGUAGUAAUUCCGAAGAGUACUAGUGAAACUAGACUAAAGGAGAAUAUGGAUAUAUACGAUUUCGAGAUGAGUCCGCCAGAAAUCAAUCGUCUCAAAAAAUUGGACAAGGGCGAAGACGGUCGCAUCUUCAACUUCCUAUUUUGGAAAGGUGUUGAGAAACAUCCGGAAUACCCUUUCAAGUUGGCCGCGACUGAAUUCACAAAAGAAUAAGGCAUUACAGUAUUUAACAGAAGCUUAGAAUUAAUAUGUUGGCGAGACGUUAUAACGUACGACUAUAACAAAACAAGCAAGCUUGUUUCGUUUUUCAGCUUUAAAUUUGAAUCAGUGUAACUGAUACAAUUUUUUUUUAGAUUUAUCUAGCGUAUCAUUGUUGUAGUGUUUAUUUUUUCAAUGAAUAAAAUUCAUAAUGCGGUGAUGCAGUUGCAAUGCAAUUAUUUACAAUUUAAUAAACCCGAA